UUCAGUCGUGUUCCAGACCCUGGACGGAAUUGGUCGUUUUUUCGUGCCGAGUUGCCACUCAGUGCGUUGCUUUUCUGUUGGCCUUUUUUUAGUGCAAAGAGUUGGCGUUUUUCUUCUUCUUCUUCUUCCGGUUCGUGUAACGCGGAAUCGCUCGUUGAGUUUUUCUUUUCUUUUUUUUAAAAAAUUGGAUAACGGAAAAUUCGGAUUUCAUUCAGAAUAAAUUUCUGAAAUUCCAGCUAUAAAAAAAAAAACGAAUGUCAACGGCAAUGUAAUUCGAUACGCGAUGAUUGUUUGUGUAGAGGUGGGGGAAAAGAAUGCGGUCGGAUGGAUCGGGUAGUCCCCUGGAUGGAGACGACGGCCAGGUGGCGAUCCAUUCCAUAACUGCCAAAGGGAAUCACAUCGAGGCAACCAGAAACUUUGCCGCCUUGGACGUCGAUUUACUCUCAUCGUCAUCGUCGUGUUAAACUUUUUGUUUCGAGCGCCGAUUUCGGGAUUUUUUUUUUUUUUUUCUUUUUUCUUUGUUUGUUUGGUGUGUCCAGUCAGAAAUUCGAGACCCGACUCGAAGGAAACUGAGAUUUUCUUUGUUGUUUUGACGACGACGAAGAAGAAAAAAAGGAAAAAUUAAUAAUUACAAAAUAAAGAUGGCGACCGUGAGCGAUUCCUCGUCUUCUUCAUCAACGUGGACGGAUCCCUACAAGGAAUUCGAACUUUACCUGGAAAAAGCGCACGAGGAAAUUGGCGCCGUGUUUCAUCAACUGGAAGUGACGGCGUCUAGAGCGGCCAACGCGGCGAGUCAAGGGAGCGUCAUCGUUGCAGCACCGGCCGUUCCCGUCCGUCGUGCCGUCGCUGUUCACCACCACGCGCCGCUACCGGCCAACAAGGCCGGCAUCCAUUACAGCCAACGGCGUCGCGCCGGCCUGCGAGUCAGCGAGGAUUACUACAUCGGUGACUUGGCGGCGGACGCGUUGAGUCGGCCAUCGCGUGUCAACAACCACUGGAACCGUAAACUGCACCAGCAACACCCGCCGCAUCCGUCGCUGGCGAAAGGCGGCAGCACCGGCGGCAGCGGCGGCAGCAGGAGCCGGUGGGAUGCGGCGCAACUGCACCGACGCACCUCCUGUCCGGCAUUUGAGCAGAUCGACGAGCGUUGCGGCAGCGCCGGCGGCGACGGACGGCUGCAGCCACAACAACAACAAGGCAACAUCGACGCUGUCGGCUUGAUGCCGACGGCAACGCUGUUUGACGCGGGCGAUGUCGACGUCCAUCGCAAGAAGAAGAAGCAGCAGCAGCAGCAGCAGCAACAGGCGAACCCGAGACGCUCGCUGCGUCGCUAUUUGACGGCCGAUUCGGCCCUGCAGUUGACGGACAACGGCCGAAUAGCUCGGCGCGAGCAUCAGCAUCAGUUGCACCACCAGUCGCCGUACCAUCCGCAAGCCAUCCAGCUGUGGACGACGAGCCUGAUGGCGGAAUUCAAUCACAUCAUCGAAGGCGAGCUGCAGCAGCUGGCCAACGACCAGUGCGGCCACCCGUCGCAAACGGCCAAGUUUGGCAGCGCCAAAAGAGGCGCGUCGUCGCUCGGAGCCACGUCGCUGAUGGAGACGGCCGCAGCCGUCGAACUGAGCCCGUGGGCGCGCCUCCAAUUGGCGCUGAUUGAUCCUUCGCUGGCCGUGUCGGUCAACGGCGUCACGUCACCGGCCGGCCCGUCUCCUGGCCAGACAAAGCCGCCAGGUUGCGUCGUCGCGUCGUCGAUCCAGCAGCUGUCGGCCGACAUCGAUCUCGUCGAGCGUCAAAUCUUUGACGACUUGGACGACAUGACGCUGACGCUGAACAGCAGCCAGUCGCCCGAAGUGCUGGCCAGUUGUUCCAGCUGCAGCGGCGAAGGCGACCACGACCACGACCACCAAGACGGAGCUACUACUGGACGCCAAGCGGCGCCCGCAGCCGAUGCAUCCGAUCCAGCCGUCCACAUUUCCAGUCCGCUGUUGAGACCCCAGGAGUUGCAGGAUUUCUUGCGCAGGGUGGAGGACAGCAUCCGCACCAGCAACACGACGCUGGAUGGCGGCCGUUUCCACCACACCGACGGAGAUGACGCAACGACUACGUCACCUGCGUUCCCUUUGCCUCCGCCUCCGCCGCCUCCACUUGCGUCACUGCCAGCAACUGGAGUCUGCCAGCUGGACAAUGACGUCAAUGCCGCAUUGUUCCAGUGCCAUCACCGACACCAGCUGGAGGCUAUCGAGGCCAACAGGAGCGAAACGCCUUCGCCGCCGCCGACGUUUGACAACGCUGGCACGCAGACGUCGCCCAUGUCUUUGUCGCGCAGUUCCAGUUUCCUUUGGGUCUCCGAUUGCAACUGCAGCGGCAGCCUGGAGGACAACGCCAGUGUCACUGGAUCGAACAGCCAUCCGCUGACCUCUUCUUCGGCUCCGGCUUGCGGCCAGGCGCACUCCGAGGCUGGAUCGUCGAGCAUCAGCCGCGUCGUUCACAUGGACACGUCGCUGUCGUCGCUGGUCUCGGAAUCGAGCGCCGCCGGAUGCGCUUUGGCCGUCCACGGCCGUUCGGCUUGCGGCAGACGGAACCGAAUACUCGGCACGCCCGACAGCGGAGGAGCCAACGACGCUGAAGAAGAAGAAGAAGACGACGAUGACGACGAUGAGAGAAGCAGCGCGUCCCUUUCGCACUCUAUCGAUGGCGGUGUAGGUGUAGGUGGAGGGGGAGGAGCGGAAUCUGGAAUUGGAACGGGUUCGCCUCCGCCUCGCGACAGACGCAGGCGGCCCGUCGCCGUUGGCGAUCGUCCAGAAGUGAGUGUGCAAACGAUGCCGAUGAAUCGAGCGGAAUCGGACGAGUCGUCGGAUUUGGCCGUGGGCGAUGACGAAGUGUCUCCGUUGGAUUCGUCGGCGUCCUCCUUGACGGACGAGUCGUCAUCGUCGUCGUCGUUGUCUGACGAGGAUGGAGAGAGCGCCGAAGCGCUGGCCGCCGCCACGGCCGCGGCCGCCAAGAAGCGCGAAAAAGUGCGGCGCCGCGAAACGUGGGAGAAAAUCCGGCGGAGGCAUUCGUGCAAGCGGGUCCAUUCGCGGACGGGGCGGAACGGAAACGCCAAAGACAAAGACAAAGCGGAAGUGGUGUGGAUCCGGCGCGGCCAAAGCGAAACGCCUCCUCCGGCCGCUGUGCCCGCGCACGGCGCUGCCGUCCCCGUCGGUUCGGCGCCCGUCUUGACGACGCUGACCGACGCCAACGUGACGUCGUUGCUGGAACCGCCCAAAGUGCUGCACAAGCCUCCGGUUGUCGUUGUCCAGUCGGUGACGCCCCGACCCAGACCUCGUCCUCUGCUUUUCAAAUUUCCCGGAUCGGAAGCGUCGCCGACGACGACGACGACGGGCUGCGCGUCUUCGGCCGAAUCGACGCCGACGGCCGUCAAAUUGGCGCUUCAAUCGGUGUUGGCCAUGCAGUUGUCGCCGGCGUCGGAAUGCGGCGUCGGCGGCACCAAAUCAUCGUCGAGCGCGGCCGCUUUCCUCGUGCCGAGCGCCGUCGGCGCAGUAACGAAGAAACGCCACCUGAAACCGAUUUCGGCGUCGUCGACGCCGACAGAACCUUACAUCACCAUGGAGACUGGUCUGACAGCAGCCCGUUCUCACUCGGAAUCCGCUUUUGCCGAAUUGGAAGCCACUGAAGCGUGUCGAUGGUUACGAGCCACUGGUUUCCCUCAAUACGCCCAGAUGUACGAAGAUUGGCAAUUUCCUUUGGAUCUGAACGUUGUGGAAUGUGACCAUCCCUUCCUGGAUGUCGAUUCGCUUCAAGCCCUCUUCCGGCGACUAGCCGUUCUCAAUAGGAUGGCCAAAUUGCGUAAUGAAAAGGCUCGCAUCCGCCCACAGGGCGGCGAUGAAUCGGAAGAUGAAGAUCAAGAAUGCGCCCUGUCCGAUCAGUGGACGUUUCAGCGCCAUUCACGCCGCUGGUCGAGAAUAGUCGAUCUGCCCGAUGAUCCCACCGGAUUGCAGGCACUCAUCGCUGCCGGAUCGGCUGCGGCCAAUGCUUCCACCUUGUCAUCCGGAGGCGGAUUACAGCCAACGACGAUCGACGAAGACGACCCGGACGGAGGGAUGAGACCGGCCAAUUCGGGAGUGACGCUCGUCGACGACUCGUGCAACACGAGCGGAGAUCGAGCCCUCCAUUGCGACCCAGUCAUCCUGGGCAGCUUCCGGCGCAGUUCCAGCGAGCGGCUCAAACACGGAGCCAAAUCGCUGCUCAGACGGAUGGAGAGUCUACGCUCGCGGAGUCGACGUCGGCCAGCUCUGGUCCGGCCGGCCGACGGCAAUCUGGUCAUCAGCGGGCCGCAGCUGGUCGACGCUUCCGGCAUGGAGGAUCGCAUGAAGGACCUCAAUUGCGUCGAUCUCACUCCCCCCGAUUCUUCCGGCUCGCCGACGAGCAGCACUCCGUCGCCCGACCUCAACCGCGCCGUUGCCAAGAACCAACAGUUCAACAGUCAGGAGGACACCUUCUCCUCUGGCAUCGUCAGCCAGACGGCCAGCGCUGCGUCGACGCCGACGGUCGAAGUGGCCGCCACACCCAGUCCGGCGGGGAGCAUGAAAAUCAAGCGCGGAUUCUUCCAGCGCAGGAGUUUCAGACCUUCGGCUUCGCUGUCCAAAUCGAGCGGAUCGGCUGCCCAGUCUGCCGCCGCCGCCGACAGCGAACACAAGGACGCGGCCCACUCUGAUUCGGAAUGCAGUCCGAGCUAUUGGCGUCGAUCGCCGUCUUCAUCCAAGGACGCCAACAGCAACGAAACGACAACGACGCCGACGCCGACGACGGCCUGGAACAGUUUGGAGCAAUCGUUGCGAUGGAAGAGCAAGAAAUCGCGCGAUCCGAUUCCAGCGGACAUGUGGAGGGCCAGCACCGUUCCUCCUUCCCUUUCGGAUGCGAUGCCGACGCAGAUGUCGCAGCAGCGCGGCAAACUGUACCUCAACUUCACCAAACCGUCCGUCCCUGGUGGCAAGAGCGCGGCGGCAUGUUUGAUGCCUUCGCCGGAUGAGGAGCCCGUCGAUUUGGUAUCGACGCCGAUCGUCAUGCGAUCGCCACCGGCUGAAACUCCAACGCCGUGCGGAUCACUGCGAGACGCUGAGCGAAUGGUGGAAUCGUUUGGCUUCCACAACGAUUCGGCCAGCACGGGAACGGCAACGAGUGGCUCGCACAUCGACAGCGACUACAGUCCAGCCGCUCCUGGCAGGAAUCCGGUUGUAGUCCGCUGGCACAGCUUCCGCCGUUCAUCGUCUUCAACGUCGUCUGUCACUUUAAAUAGCCAGCCGAUCGCCAUCGGGUCGCUGCCCGUUGGUCAGUUUGCUUUGCUUCGUAAAUUGGCUUUGCUGCGAUUGACGGCUCUUCUCGAACGGCACACCUCGUCCAGCAAACCGUCCUGGGGUUGGGAUCUGCCCAAAUUUAUGCGCAAGACAAAGUCUCCUGAUUACAAAGACAAGAGCAUGUUUGGCGUUCCGCUUUCAGUGACGGUGCAGAGGACGGCCGAAGCUCUCCCGAAGCCCGUCUUAUCUGCCUUGCACUACCUGCGCCAAUCGGCGCUGGAUCAGGUUGGCCUUUUCCGCAAGUCGGGCGUCCGUUCGCGCAUCGCCAAGUUGAAGGAGCUGUGCGAGGCGUGGGCGUGGCAGUGUUCGGGACCGAGUGGCUGCUCCGGCCAAGACCAGCCGGUCGAUUUUAGCGAACACCAACCCUACGACGUGGCCGACAUGGUCAAGCAGUACUUCCGCGAACUGCCCGAAGCGCUCAUGACGAAUAAGCUUUCCGAGACGUUCGUCACCAUUUUCCAAGUGGUUCCGGUGACUCAGCGUCUGGACGCGCUGCGCUGCGCUUUGCUUCUCUUGCCCGACGAGCACCGCGAAGCGUUGCAGACUUUCCUGGCUUUCCUGACGGACGUUGCCGCCUUGGCUUCCAUCAAUCAGAUGACGCCCAGCAAUUUGGCUGUUUGCCUAGCGCCAUCGCUCUUCCAUUUGCCGGCCACUUCGGCUUCGUCCUCUUCGUCUUCUUCUUCUACUUCGUCGUCGUCGUCGUCGUCGUCGACGUCGCACAAUCGGUCCGCCGUCGGCAGUGGCACGUCGAGCGCGGCUGCCACCACCACCACCACCAAUGGCGGAAUGGGAGGCGCACUAGCAGGGGCGGUUCCAUCGGGAAAUGGCAACCACGUCAACAGCAGCAGCGCCUCGUCGCCUCGACGUCGCAAGACGGUCGGCGUUCCCGAUCAGAGAGAAUUGAGCCAAAAUAAAGCCGCCCACGAAUGCCUCCUCCAGAUGAUCAAUGACUUUCGACAUUUAUUCACAGUUCCGGAUGACAUUUUUCGCCAGUGUCGAUGCAAUUACUUGGAAGACAGUGUGCCCGUCACGCUGGAUGAUCUUCGCACCGUAGAGUUUGGAGACUGGCAAGCUUACAUGAACGGAUGCAUGGCUGCACUUCUCAAAGAGGCUAAAGAAAAGUCCAGAGGUUGGGAAUCGAGUAGCAACGACGUACGCGUCGAUGUUGCCUGGAAGAAAGUGGGUGACGGUCACGCCCUCAGACUCUGGAGGGUGUCAACUGAAAUCGAAGCUCCACCUGGCGAGUUGCUGAACCGAGUCCUUCGCGAAAGACACCUGUGGGACACGUCCAUGGUCAAAUGGCGUUGUGUCGUACGGCUGGACAAAAAAUCGGACGUUUUUCACUACACGACGUCGUCGGAAGUGCCGCCCGUCUCUCGUGACGUUACUCUGCUCCGCUCGUGGCGCACCGACCUCCCCAGAGGCGCUUGUCUCGUGGCCGAGAUGAGCAUCGAUCAUUCCGACACGCCCAUCACUCCCGGCACGGUCCGUAGCAUCGUCUUGGCUUCGCGCUACCUGAUCCAACCGUGCGGUGCAGGCAAAUGCCGCCUCGUUCAUCUGUCGCGUGUCGAUAUCAUGGGUCGAUCGCCAGAUUGGUAUAACAAGCAUUACGGCCACGUAACUGCCCUUCACAUGGCCAGAAUUCGUGAUUCGUUCUCGCAACACCUGGUGGCUGACGGGCCUGAAAGCAAAGUCUGAAAAAAUAUUUGAAAAAAAAAAAAAGAAAAGGAGCAAAUAUAUGCGGAUUUAUUAAUGCUGGGGAGGGGGUUCGUCCGAAUCACUAACAGACAAACAAAAAUUCGGUACAUGUUUCCAAAACAUUCGCCAUGUGCCGAUUGAUUUCGGUACAUUAAAUAAACACGAGCGUCCUGCACACGGAUUCUUGACCAACUUCCUGGAUUAGGAGCAACUUCACGAGAAACGAUGCAGCUCAGCCAUCAUCCGACCAAAUGUGCACAAUCUGUUUGUUCAACCAAAUGCGUUCACAAUUUUUUUUUGUUGCCUCAUCCCCCCCAUAAAAAAAAGCUUGAAAAAAAGCAGAAAAGCGUUGCACAUUAUCUUUUAUGUAUAACCUAGUCAUGCCGCGCAAUUUCCCCAUGUUUCGAUUAUCUUUUUAUUCACUAACCGAGACAUACAAGUUCAUUACUGUUUUAUUAUCCAGGAUUUGUACAAUUUCCUUUUAUCCUUGUCUUUGACUGUUUUUAACUAGAAAACUAGCUGCUCCCUUGUCUGUGAUUUUAUCUUCUUAGCUUUUUGCCACCGUUUUAUGUUUCAUCGCCGCAAAACCAACUUUUUGUAUUUGAAUUGUUGUGGGGGGGUCGUUGAGCCGUUGACUGAGUAAAUCAUUGCCGAUUUACGAUCCGAAUUUAUAAAACGUGCAUAAUAUUUGUCUCUUUUUCAAUGUUGUAUAGAAAGGUGAACAUGAAUUUCACGAUACCAAUUUGCUGAGGGGGGCUUAUCAAAUUGAUCCGCAUAACACACAGAUAUAUAUACCGGCACAUAUAUUGCGUGUACAGUUUGACGAAAUGAGUAAAACUAUUUGUGCUGUCCCUAAUAAAGUGUCUAGCAAUUAA